AUGGCACCAGCAAUCCUCAUCGUCGGCGCAACUGGCAACACCGGUCGAGGCGUAACUCAAACCCUCCCUCAGCUGCUGAAAGAUAGCAAAACCCUUUCCGGCCAUCGCAUCAUUGCUCUUACCAGAUCAGCCAACAGCGAUUCAGCUCAGCGUCUAGCCAAGAUCCCAGGUGUUGAAAUUGUUGAGCAAAACUGGACCGACAUUACUCCUGAAUGGUUGAGUGAGCAUCAAGUCGUACGCGCUUUUAUUGCCUCUCAUAACGCACCAAACCAGUUUGCCGAAGAGUCAUCCUUCCAUGUUGCUGCACUCAACGCUGGUCUAGAGUACGUUGUACGUAUCUCGACUACUGCAGCGAAUGUCCGACCGGACUGUCGCGCAUACUAUCCACGAACCCAUUGGGCCAUCGAAUCCAUGCUCGGGUCGGAUGAAUUUAGCAACUUGAAAUGGACAUCUCUUCAACCCAAUGUCUUCACCGAACUUGCCCUCGCCCCUGCUACCGCCGCUAUCAAGCAUUUUAAGGAGACGGGCAAUCAAGCUCCCCUUAGCUUGAUGUUUGCAGAACAUGCGCCGGUUGCACCGGUCGAUCCUGCCGAGGUCGGCGCUUUUGCUGCCCGUCUAUUAGCUGCUGAUGACCCAAACCGACACAACGGGGCGAAGUAUGUUCUAAACGGCCCUGAGGAUAUAACAGGUCGACGAAUCGUUGAAAUGAUUGAAGAGCGUACUGGCACCAAGGUCUUCGAUGUGAAUUUCCAAGAUAUCAGUUUUAUCGAUGGGCUUGUAGCCAGUGGUUUUGGUGGACCUGGCCAGUCAAAGACUGUUCUGACAUCAAUCAAGUAUGCGUUGGCGACUAUGUGGGAAGGAAAGGCUGCUGCGAACACUACCAGCAAAGAGGUCAGAGACAUUGGUGCUCCUAAGCGCACACCUAGCGAAACGCUUGACUCCGUACUCAAGGAGUAG